GGGUCUGCAACGCCCUUUCCCUGGAAAUUAAAGCCAGUCCCAAAGUGCGAGCUUUCGUUGGGGAACAAGUAUUACUGAAAUGCUCAUUCAAAUCCAGUUCUCCCAUCGCUGAGAGCCUGACGGUAGACUGGUCUUACCGGCCCCUCGCAGGUGGUCAGAUGGAGACUGUUUUUCAUUAUCAGUCUGUUCCAUACCCAACGACAGCGGGGAAGUUCAAAGACAGGAUCUCCUGGGCUGGGAAUGUUGCCAAGGGUGAUGCUUCCAUUGCUGUCCAAAGCCCCGUGAUGAGUGACAAUGGGACGUUCAUCUGCAGCGUGAAGAACCCUCCGGACGUGUACCAUAACAUUCCCCAGACCGUGCUGAUAGUUACGGAGAGGGGCCUUUCCUUCCAGUUGACCUCAGCGGUGCUGCUCUCCAUCUUAGUAUUUCUCCCUUCCGUCCUCGUGGUUGUUCUGCUGCUGGUGAGGAUGGGAAGAAAGUUUGGAGUGCUAAAGGCGAAAAAAAAACCUGGCUAUAAGAAAUCCUCCAUCGAAGUGCCUGAACGUACAGGGGCAGACAACUGCUUGGGGAAACUCAGAAGCUGGUGUCUGAACUGUGUGGACUCGGAUGAGGAAGACCCAUACUGA